UCUCCAGGAAGGAAUUUCCCGAGCUCCAGCUCUUCCCUGCUACCCUUGGGGAGUUGUUGGUGUUGCUGCAGAAGAGAGAGAAUUAGAUAUUCUAGGGUGAAUAAUUUGGAUGAAUGCGAUUUUGUUUAAAGGAGCGGGGGAGGAAAUGUAUUGGGGGGAAGCAGGAAAAAGCGGGAGAAAGGCAGGCAAGAGCAACCGGAAGUUUGCUUGUCAGCAGCGGGAAACAAAUUGACGCCCAUAGACAGUGCAAGGGGCAGAGUUAGGGAGGAUCUAAAAUGGCGACCAAACUGCGCAGACGAAAACAGCAAAGAAAAGCGACUACAAGAGGAACACUGACAGUGCAAUCCACUACAUGUCUACUCAGAACUGUUUUGUACGGAUUGUUGAGAAGAAUGUAUGUGAAGCAGAGAGUGGCCGUAGCUCAGGAGCGAAACAUCUACUUUGUGUACUGCAGGUCCCAGGCUUAAUCCCCAGCAUUUCCAGGGUUGCUGAGCUGGAGAAAUGAAUGUGGGCACGGCUCACAGUGAAGUGAACCCGAACACUCGGGUCAUGAACAGCCGUGGCAUCUGGCUCUCUUACGUCUUGGGCAUUGGCCUCUUGCAUGUGAUUCUCCUCAGUAUUCCCUUCUUCAGUGUCCCUGUGGUUUGGACUCUAACCAACAUCAUCCACAACAUGAGCAUGUACAUUUUCUUACACACUGUGAAAGGAACACCAUUUGAGACGCCAGAUCAGGGGAAAGCCCGACUGCUGACUCACUGGGAGCAGAUGGAUUAUGGUGUGCAGUUCACUGCUUCCCGCAAGUUUCUGACCAUCACACCAAUUAUACUUUAUUUCCUUACUAGCUUCUACACGAAAUACGACCGGAUACACUUCAUCAUCAACACUAUCUCUUUGAUGAGCGUCUUGAUCCCCAAACUGCCCCAGCUACAUGGUGUCCGCAUCUUCGGGAUCAACAAGUACUGAAUUCAGGUGUCUUUUUUCCCGUUCCGGUGAGCUGUGAGAGGCCAGUGUGAGAACCCCAUUUUCUUAGUUCUGGCUGCGUCUUCAGGAUACAAUUCCACGACGGCUCUUUUUUUAAAGAAAGAGCAGAUAUUGCACAGGAUUCCAAGAUCCAACAGAACUCAGCCAGAUCAAGUAAUGCUUGAAUCCUGGGUAGAGUUUAGCUUGCAGAGAGACAAGAGGAAGCUACAACUUGAUUAUCAUUCUUUUCUCUGAAGAAUCUGAAAAUAGGUACAGACAACACUGAUAUUUAAAAGGUACUCAUAGCUUGCUCUCUGGGUAAUGGAAGGCAUCUAGCCCAGAAGGCUGAACAGAUAUAGAAAAGUAGGAGCCUGUUGCAAGGCAAUGUUUAGGAUUAUAACAAAUGCACUUUAACAUAAAACUGUCCCUUUUAGGGAACUUUGACUUGUUCGUUGAAAGGGCUAUAUCAGAAAUUUUAAGAUGCACACUAGGCAUAGAUUUCCCCAUGAUUUGGAAACCUUAGUUGAUCAUUUAUAGAUGACCUUUUAAUGAUUUGGUAGGCAGCUGGGACAGAAUCUCAAUCUUUCUUGCAGGUGCAAGAACAGUUUUCCACUUACAAAGCAGUGCUCUUCAGAGUUUUCUUUGAAAAGCCUUUGCUACAUAUAAAAGCUUUUUACCAUCUGAGGUUGGGGGAGUGGGGUACUCUACAGGGGAAGUGCUUAGAUGUUAAAAACACAACUUGGGGCCAGAAGGAAGAAGAAGAUAAUCAACACGUGUGUUGCAAUGGGUACCGUGGUUUGACUGGCACAACUGCCUCACUACAGUGUUUUUUUUUGCUGGAUGGAGAGCCAAUGGCCGAACGACCACUCUCUUGAAACAUGAAUGGUUUACUAUAACAUUAUACAGUGAUCGUGGGGCAGAAGACAAGAGAUGAUGCCAAGGGACUCAGGCCUCAUUCCUGGUCUCUCUUUGUUGGAAAUCAAACAAGUCAGUUUUGUUGGUUAGACCGCAAUUGUUAAAUUCAUUCACUGAUUCAUGCCAGCACUGGGAUUCAGAGACAGCAAUCAUGUUACUACCCUUUGUGAUGUCAAACUGAGAUGAUGCCUUUGUUUCUUGGACACCUGCCAUCCAUGUGUUUGAAUGGGCUUUUGCAUAAGUGCCCCACCAUCUCAGAAUAAAAGCCCUGCCUUGCUUUCCCUUACCUAGAAAGCAAUAGGUUACUAUAUUCCUGAUGUGAAUGGGCUGCUGCCUAUCAGUCUGCUUUCUAAACAGCAGUGGGGUUCAGUAUGAGGAGGAGGAUUCUCUUCUUCUAGUGGAUUACUAAGUGGAUUAUUUCUUUCUACAGCUUUUUAUUAGGAAGAAGAAAGCAAACAACCCUGUAAUACUGUAUGUUAUAUCAUGUAAUUGCCAACAACCUUUAAAGCGCAGGCUGCAGUUCAAUAGUCUGAACAUCAAGAAAACUGGGUUAAGUUUUGAUAAUCAAUAUCAUGGAUAUGAGCUUGGUUCUUGUUGUCAAGGAUGUAGCCUAGUCUAAAAAAACCACACAUACAACACUAUCCCCCCCCAGCCCCUCAAAAACACACUCAUUGCUAGCUAGGAAAUGAUUUUAUAAUGGAAUUAAACAGGGCUUGAGUAUUUUCUGAAAUCCAUUUGUCAGAACCCCUAAAAAGCAGACGUUGGUACUAACUUGACAUUGGAAUUCUUUCCUUACCCCUAUAAUGGAGUAACAGGCAAACAUUUGAGGCUGGAGCCAAAACAUUGGAAGUCAUUUUUCUAGUUUUAGAACUAUUUUGGGCACUUCACUAAAAGCCAAAGGAGGCUAUUUUAAACAUCACCCCCUGCUUUUAUCAUUCUCUAGGGCAGUGGUGGGGAGCCUCCAACUUGCCAGCCCUCAUGGCAGUGAUGUUGCUGCUGGGCUACACAGCAAGCAGACCAGUGGUAGUCAAUGAUCUCCAUCACAGUGCUGGGUUGGGCAAGGAGGUUUAAAGCUCUCCACCUAGCCCAAUGCCAUAAUGGAGAUGGACGUUGCCCCCUUCUUGCUGUUCCCUGUUACCAAUUUUGGUACAAUCUACUUAACAAAAAAGAUUAAACCUACUGCAAAAAUUAGAAGGACAGCUAAGGAGGAAAUAUCUCAUUUAAUAUCCAAAGCUUCAGAGACAAUGCUACAUGGCAGCAACAAGAAACAAAGGAGGGAAAACAAAUGUUAAGUCAGGGACGGGGAAGCUGUAGUCCUCCAGGUGUUGCUGGACUACCAUUCCAUCAUCCCUGACCAUUGGCCAUGCUGGCUGGAACUUAUGGGACCUGGAGUGCAACAACAUUUGGAGGACUGUAGGUUCCCCCAUCUCUGUGUUAAAAGAGGUACAGUGAAGCUGCAUUGGCAUAGCUAAAAGGUAAGGUAAAGGUGUCCCCGCACUUGUAGUGCGAGUCAUUUCCGACUCUUAGGGUGACGUCUUGCGACGUUUACUAGGCAGACCGUAUAUAUGGGGUGGGAUUGCCAGUUCCUUCCCUGGCCUUUCUUUACCCCCCAGCGUAUGCCAGGUACUCAUUUUACCGACCACGGAUGGAUGGAAGGCUGAGUGGACCUCGACUCCUUUUACUGGAGAUUCGACUUCCUCCUUCCGUUGGAAUCGAACUCCGGCCGUGAGCAGAGCUUUCGGCUGCGUUACUGCCGCUUACCACUCUGCGCCAUGGAGGGUCUUCAUUGGCAUAGCUACAGGCUAGCAAAUCACUUUUGGGCUUGUCACUUGUAUUUUUUGGCAGUAUAUAUAUUGCAGUUGAAACGCCUGGUGCUUGAACCAGUAAUCUUGGAAUCAAAGGCUGGGUCCAAACCCAGGGAGCGACUGUGACUGUAUGUGCUUGGAGCUCUCUCUUCAGACACAAUAGGGAAGAGGGAUGCCCAACAUCCACCCUUGCGAUUGACAGUCAGUAAGAGAUUUCUGGAUUGCUCAUGUAGAAAUACCAGGACCCUGGUCAUCUGCCCAUGCUUGCUUAACAGAGCAGGACCUUUUUCCUGUUACACUCAAGGCUCCAGUUCCUGGGCCUGAUAGCAGUGAUCUAGCCCUGGCUAUUACUUACUCUUGAGACCUGGUCAUGAAUAAGGCUGUCUGGAGACUGCCUUUGGCCCUGCCAAUCAUUUGUCAUGUUAAUUAAGUUGUUUUUUUUUUUUUUAAAGUGUCACUAACAAUUAUAAUUAAGUGUAGACAUAUGGGUUUAUGAAUUAGGAAGGCAAUAGUUGCUUUAAAAUUACAAGUAGGCAAUAUACACUACUGGUGAAGAUGACAGGUGUUGGUCAGAACUUGUCAUCUAGGCACAGAGAGGGAGGCAGGAUCUUCCCAGUGUAAUUCUUCUCUGAGAGAAGUCAGUGACCUUCCCUACUCAAUACACUUAUCUGUAAAAAGGAUUAAUGUCGUAAGCUUUUCACCAAAAUCCUAGCACAGUUAAGAUUCUGAGCUGCUCUUGACUUUACUUAGAGCCUGUAUUUUGAUUUCCUGUCUAAGGCAACUUGAAAGCAAGGUACUUUUUAAAUAUUCAUUAAAAAAGAAAAUAAUAAGAACAGCAUGUGAAAUAUACCAAGGAGGAGAAGGGAAUGCCCAUGGCAUCCUUCAUCUUCUCUGUUUUCGAAACAGACAUAUUUAGUAGGUGCUUUAUUUAUUUUUUGUUUUUUACUUCUGUUCAGUUCAAUUUCUCUUUUCUUUCAAUACUAGACCUUCCUUCUCCUCCUCUCCCCACCCAUUCUACAUUCUGCUGAAGAAGCACAGUUACUAAGAUGUCAAAGUAAUACUGGGACCCAUCUCCCAGUUUUCAGUAGUUCAGCAGAACAUAACCAAAAGUUGAAUUUCAGUAGUGCUUUUAAGAAAUGAGCAAGCACUCAGUUUUAACCCCAUCUCUUGCAUUGAUGACAAAGCAAAAUACCAUGAGGAAAUCACUGAUUUCAGCAUAGAUUUCUGUGAAAGACAUUGUGCUCAUUACAUGAUAUUAUGCCUAGCUCAAAAUAUGGAUAACUUAAAGGGCUUGUAUAUUUAUUAGCACUGCUCCAGUGUAGGUGGUCAAGGCCUUAAACACAGAUCUAAGUUGCGCUCUUCUGAAAAACCAGUUGAUGAAUGUUCUUUUUCAAGGGUAUAAAUCAUUACCCUAUAAAAAGUAAAAUAAUAUAUGAAAAGAGCUCAUUAGGACUAUGUCUAAACACCAGCCAUUGUUCCUAUCAUUCCUUUGCAAACUUCUGCUCCUAUACCUUUUUUAUUCUUCUGUGCACUGAGAACAUUGCCCAGAGUGGCCCAUUCAACAGCAAUAGUGCUGUCAAAACGCUGUAGGCCAGCCACACAAUCUGAUGCCCUCCGGAUGUUUUGGACUACAGUUUUCAACGACCGUAGCCAACAAGGCCAAUGAGAUGGGAUGAAGGGAGUUGUAGUCCAACAACAUCUGGACAACAUCAAGUUGGAGAAGGCUGUUCUCAAGCCAUGCCUCUCAUUGUCUAUAAGAGUUCCUGCUACAGCUAAGUAAAGGGGGUGAGCUUAUCUUCAUGAAAAACCAAACAGAAUUCUUUACAAUGCUGUCGGAAGGCAGAGCUGGGGUCCCAAUCCCGGGGAGCUGGAUCCCGGAGAGUUGGGAGAAGAGUAUUCGGAUGGAUGGCAGAGGGAAGGGGGAGGAACUUCCCCCCUUUGGAGCGAAGACGAAACAGAGGAACUGCCAGUGAUAAGGUCGCUUAGCAACGGGGAGCCUGAGCCCUCCCUGGACAUUCUCACGCCUCCCCCUCUUUCAGGCUCAGAGCAAGAGGGGAAAGAGGGAGGGCUGCUCACAGCCGAAAAGCGGGGAGGCAGUUUACCAUCAGCUCCUCCCCUAUCCCCCAUCCUGGAAUCAGAAACUUCAGAAGAGGAGGGGGUGAUGCUUCCCCCCUCACCGCGCACACGCAGACAGCUGAAAAGACAGGAGAGAAGGGGGGG